UGUGUAUGUAUGCGUGAGAGCGUGCGCACACUGUUUUCCUAUGCUCUGUGGUGCGACAAAUGUUUGCUUGGGAUCGUUUGCUGGCGCGCGCGGGUCCAGGAGAGUGCGACUAUAAAUGCCGCGCCAACUGCGCUGGUAGAGUCAGUAUUGAGUUUGACUUCGUCUUUAACGAUUGUUCGCACGCUUGCAUUUAGAGCGGUAAACCAGUUUUUCUUGCAAUUAACCAAAACAACAACAACAACAAAAAUUUUAAAUACACACUAGUUACAAUAGGAAGCAAGUUAAUUUGUAAUUAAAUACAGAAAACAAAAAAGUGCAAAAUGGUGCGUUAUUACAACAACAUGGAGCAUACCACGAAUUUCUCCAUCGAUGCCAUACUCGCUAAGGGCUCGACGCAGCCACUGCCGCAAGUACAAACGCAAGCGCAAACAAAUCAAGCGCUUUAUCAGCGCGCACAACAGCGCACAUACCAACAACCAAAAGAACAACAAAUUCAACAAACACAACAAUUACAACAAAAUCCAAUGCAAACUUAUCAAACGGAACAGGCAUACGUGAGUGAUGAUCUCGCCAGCAUCGACAGCUUCGAGACACCAUCACGCACCUCCACACCCAUGAGCAGUGGCGCCGAUUCGCUAACCUCGGGUGAGGAUAAACUCGAUGAAGUGGAGAGUGGUGAAGACUAUGAAGAGGAGGAUGAGGAGAAGGAUGCGACGCUUGCGGACGCCAAAAGCGAUGGCGAUAAGCACAAGAAACCGACCUACAGUUAUAACGCGCUCAUCAUGAUGGCCAUACAGAACAGCCCCGAGCAACGCUUGACGCUUAACGGCAUCUAUGAAUAUUUGAUAAAACGCUUUCCCUUCUUCACGAAGAAUAAGCGCGGCUGGCAAAACUCCAUACGCCACAAUUUGAGUCUCAACAAAUGCUUCACGAAAAUCCCACGCAGCUAUGACGAUCCUGGCAAGGGCAACUACUGGGUUUUGGACCCUAGCGCCGAAGAGGUUUUCAUCGGUGAGACUACGGGUAAAUUGCGUCGUAAAAAUCCUGGUGCGAGCCGUUCACGUUUAGCUGCCUAUCGUCAAGCGAUGUUCACGCCACUAAUGAGUCCUUAUGGUGCGCCACCAACAAUCUCCACUGCCUAUCAUAACGCUCAACCAUUUGUCGGCGCUGCCGGUUAUAUGGGUGCCGCAGCUGCUGCUGCCGCCGCGCUUUAUCAACGCAUGCCGCCACCAUUGGCAGCAGCCGCCGUCUAUCAUCAGGCCGCCAUGUAUGGUGGAGCCGCACAAAUGGCAGCCGCCGCAGCAGCAGCAAGCGGCAUAGCGCCACCACCACCAACAGUGACAGCCGCAUCAUCGCCAACAGGCGCACAUCAUUUGCCGCUUGGCUAUAAUCCGGCGGCUUACAGCGCUAUGCCGACGUUACAAGCGCCGCACAUGACCAACGAGUUGUUCCAACGCAUGCAGUUGUUUGGCAAAUUCCCCACCAGUUAAGCAAUGCAACACCACACACACACACAUACACAAAUACACAUUACAAGCGGCAGAGCAGGUGGCAGGCAAGUUUAUUUUGGCCACCAUGUUUCUAGCGGCGACGGCGUCCACCACAAAUGGGCGCUGUUCGCACUCCGACGGGCAUUCGAUUGGAUAGCACAGUGACGGCAGGGCAGUUCAAGCAACGUGAGAUGUUAACAAAGCGCCACAGCGGCUGGUCAAUAUGGGUCUAACGAGGUGUUUACGUGCAACUGGGCGGCAAAGAGAGGCCUCCAGUCAAUCAGCGGCUGCAUCGUUGAAAAUGAGCUGGGGAGCAGGCUUUCCCAAAGAGACAAAGAUAGUAUAUGUCUGAGCGAAAGUUACCAGCAUUAACAAAAAUGCAUUGUAAUAAAAAAAAUCAAAAAAAGUUAUCAAAAUAGUUGUAAUCAAUAGUAGUACUGUAUUCAAGAAAUUUUGAAACAAAAAUAUUAUAACAUUUUAACAAUAGACAAAUUUUCGCAUUUAUGUACAAACAAAAGAAAAAAAAAUUAAAUUAAAUUAUAAAACAAAU